AUGUUGCACUCGGUGUCGGCGGUUUACGACCAUCAGCAGCAUUAUGUGCCAGAAGUGAUGACGGGACAGUUAUUACCUGAACAUCCGGAAGAACAGUUUGCACUAGUUCUGGAAGGACCGUCUGUACGAAAGCCGCAGGUCCUGGAGCUGUCGUACUCAGAUUACUUCCAGAGGUUGGAGCGAGAUCCGACGAACCUGAUCAAAAACAUCAACCUGGAAUACCGAAGAAGUUACAGCAACUCCCGCCCGCAAACGCUCAUCUCGCAACGGCGCAGCUUCGGCCGGAUGAACUUUGACGGCGAGUUGGCAAUAUCUGUAUCAUUCUCGAAGGAGGACGAAGUGAUCGUGAACUAUCCGUUCAUGCGCUUCACUUCCUAGCCGCAAAUGUCGACUUCCCUUCUCGAAUCAACAACCAAUGGCCAACUCCUCCAAGCCUGUCCUGAUGAUGGCCGGCAACGAGACCACCCUGUUCUCUACAUCGCUGUCGCGCUCCAAAAUUAAGGCCGCGAUGUUGCUCCCCAACGAAACAUCCAUCCGUAACCUGCUCAGCCUGGGGCCUUCGAACGUGACCGGUGGCGUACCGUAAGAAUCGGUACAGCUUGGACGCGGAAGUUGGCCAACCAUAAGCAGAUCCGUUAAAUACAAAAAAAAA